AUGUAUAUCUGCCCCUUACCGUAUCUUCUAGCGGUGUCUAUGACCGCAACUGCUUAUGCGAGGAAUGAAUCCAUGACAUCUUCACUACUUGCGACACAAUCGCUGAACUUCACCCAAGACAACGCAUUUUCAAAUGACAACGACUCCACUCAAGCCCUAUCUGGAAUUCCUGACGAAGCAAGAAGUAGGGUAAACCUUCUUCCAGAAGCAUCUUUGGAGUAUGCACCUGGAUCGGUUCCAACCGUAGUGAGAAAUAUCUUCAGUCGGGCUGACAUAUCGAAAUUGAGCAACUCUGUGAAAGCGCUCACAUUGAGGGUGAAGUCGCAGAAAAAUGCGCCUGUCAAGCAAGCUUCUCAUCUUUUGGGUAAGACUGCGCAAUUGGAGAAUCUUAUCGAGACGAAAGAUUGGAGAUUCUGGGUCAGGGACAUCACCAAGCAUAUCAAAUCAAAACGGAAUGAGGAUUCCAUCGAAGACCUCUAUGAAGAUGUCGCGGAGGUCAUGGCAAUUGAGCUGGGUGAACGUCGAUUCUUCGAGACGCAUACUUAUGAAACCAAGAUUCAAAAGGCUGCCCUUAUUGCCACGACGCUUCUAGAAGCGAGAUGUCAGCGUUUGGCUAAGCGGAGUGCACCAAGCAUAUUGUUUCACACACUAGGCCUCAACAAGCCUGAAGGUAAUGUCUUCGACAACAAGCUUUAUCCGAUUUGGCAAUAUGUUCUACACAUUCACAAAGACACGUCACCAACCUCUCGCAUCAAUGAAAUUGGAAUUUUACGAACGUAUUUUGAUACUGCCGAAUUGAUUGAGAUGGUCACUUCAUCGGUUCGUCUGAAGUCUGAUACGCGAAAAACGAUGCUCAGCGAACUUGUACCAGUAUGGGUGAAGUCUUAUUCUUCUCGUGCAGUGGAUGUUCCAGCAGCAGCAGACGGCAUUAUUAAAUCUUUAAGAGGUUGCCUCACCGAUGUCGAGUUGACAAAGAUGUUCGCUUCAUUGUAUGAUACAUACAAGCCCGUGUGCACGAAGAUGUUGCACCAACUCGUGCUGGUAUGGGUGAGCGAGUCUAUCCCACCGAGACAUGUACUUGAAACAAUAGUCUCUAGCGAUGCAAGAUAUCUGACGAUGGGCAAAAGGAAGCUGCAAAUGGGUCUCAACAAGCUGUUAGAUGAGAGAAGUGGGGCUGUUAGUCCAGUGCUGUGGACUUAUAUCGACUUCGUAGGAGAGUAUCUCGCGCUAUUUUCAACAACCGAGACAAUGACCAUGACAUUGAAGCUGCUUGAAUCGAAAAAAGUGUUGUGUCUUCACACGUCACAAGAAGAGUUUCCAUUGCAAGCACUCUUUGAAGAUUUCACAACUGCGUAUUUCCACCGGAUCUCUACUGCUUCGGUUGAGUGGUUCAAGGGCUUCAUAUCUUCGACGGAUGAGAAUGUUUUGAAUACAGUCACAAAUGGUUUGCUGAAUAAUCAUGUAGACCCGAUGUUCGUGUUCGAAAUGGCGGGGCUUAACGUGAAUGUGGAAAAUCUAUUUCAGAAUCUUCAUUUGCUCAUCUACUAUCAGCGCUACAUCGACAACUUCAGUAAGUUGUACCCAAAUGAAAGGAUAACAAUGAUUUACACGCUCAGCCAAUAUUUUCACCAAAAACAAUUGGCGAAUGUAUUGCAAGCGGCGACUGGUGAUCCUGAUCUGUUUGUUAAAACGAUUGCAACGAAUUAUCAACAAGUUCAAUUUACGGAGUGGAUGAUACGAAAGUGGAAUCCGACGUCUGUUAUCUCUACGCUGGGCUUCGAUAUUACUCUUGAUUCGGACGUUGCCGUUUUAAAAGCGUUUAAACAAAAGUACGAGUCGGAAAGCGUAGCGUUAGUUUCAGGUGGUUAA